GAGAGAUAGAGAGCCCCUUCUAGCCCUGCUGGGUAUGUUUCUCUGUUCCACUUGGUCCAAUAUAAAAGCCCCUAGCAAGCAAAGCGUAACUAAGCCAAACCCAAAAAUCAGAAUUUGCAGAGCCCUCAGAUUUAGUAACAAACACAGACACAGAAAGAGAGAGAGAGAGAGACAAAUAUAGAGAUAGAGAGAGAGAGGGAAAAAUGCCUGGGAGUUUAGAGCCGUUGGAUUUGGGGGUGCAGAUACCAUACCACUUCAGGUGCCCCAUAUCGCUAGAGCUCAUGCGCGACCCCGUUACGGUCAGCACCGGGCAGACCUACGACCGCCCCAGCAUCGAGUCGUGGGUCGCCACGGGCAACACCACCUGCCCCGUCACGCGGGCCCCGCUCUCCGACUUCACUCUCAUCCCCAACCACACCCUACGCCGCCUUAUCCAGGAUUGGUGCGUCGCAAACCGCUCUUUCGGCGUCGAGCGCAUUCCCACUCCCAAACAGCCAGCUGACCCGACCCACAUCCGCCAUCUCCUCACCCAAUCGGCGUCCAAUUCCAACCCGUACCCGACCAGGCUCUCCGCCCUUCGCCGCCUACGUGGCCUCGCCCGCGACCUCGACAAGAACCGCUCCACCAUCUCCUCCCAGAACUCCCGCGAAAUCCUCGUUCAGCUCGUGUUCGCCGAUACCGGCUCGGAAUCUUCCGAGUUGACUCACGAGGCGCUCGCGCUUCUCGUUCUGUUCCCGCUCCCAGAGUCCGACUGCGCAGCGGUGGCGUCGAACCCGGACCGGGUAGCGUACCUGGCCCAGCUUGUUCAGCACUCGUCGAUGGAGGUCCGAGUCAACUCGGCCGCGUUGAUCGAGAACGUCCUGGCCGGGUCGCGGACGGCGGAGCUACGAGCUGAGAUUAGCAAUGUCGACGAAAUCCACCAAGGCGUCGUUUCGAUUCUCCGCAACCCAAUCGCGUAUCCCCGCGCGCUCAAAAUCGGAAUCAAGGCGCUCUUCGCCUUGUGCCUGGUGAAGCAGACCCGAAACAAGGCCGUAUCGGCCGGCGCGCCUGAAACGCUCAUCAACACCUUGGCCGACUUCGAGAAAUGCGACUCGGAGCGCGCGCUGGCGACGAUCGAGCUGCUCUGCAGAGUCCCAGACGGUUGCACGGCGUUUGCUGCUCACGCGCUGACGGUGCCGCUGCUGGUGAAGACGAUACUGAAGAUCUCGGACCGGGCGACGGAGUACGCUGCCGGAGCUCUGCUGUCGCUGUGCUCGGCGUCGGAGAAGAGCCAAAACGACGCCGUGGCGGCGGGAGUGUUGACGCAGCUGUUGCUGCUGGUGCAGAGUGAUUGUACGGACCGGGCCAAGCGGAAGGCCCAGCUGCUGCUGAAGCUUCUUCGGGAUUCGUGGCCCGAGGAUUCAGUUGGGAAUUCUGAUGAUUUUGUUUGCAGCGAGCUCGUGGUACCAUUUUGAAUUUCCACUUUUUUGUUUUCUUCUUCAUUAAUUUUCUUAAUCUCAAUUUUUCAGAUUGUCAUUAGAGAAAAAAAAAAAGAAAAAAAAAAGGGAAGUGAAAAAAAAAGAGAGAUGAAAAUUGGGAUUGUAGAUUAUUGGUAUAUAAAGAAAUUGUAAUUUUUGUGUAUUUUUGUAUGUAAGGAUUUUUGCUUAGAUGAUUAAACGAAGUUGCAAAAGCACACAGAAAAGUUUAGAUA